AUGGCUGCCACAGUUUACUCUCGUGUUAACUCAAUCACGAGUCAGACCUGCACUCGACUUCUUGUAGCCAAGACCAAACUUUCACCAAUUCGCAGUCUUCGGCCACCUGCCACGAAAGCCCCUAGAAUGACAAUUCCUCAUUUAGAACUCAGAGCCGCGUUGUUAGCGGCUCAAUUGCUUAGAUCAUUGGCGUCUGAGUUGGACAUAUCCACUGAGAAUUGCAUUGCCUGGAUUGAUUCUCAAAUAGUGCUGCAUUGGCUGCGAUCUACUAAACCCACCGGAAACGUUUUGAUAGAUAAUUACAUCGAACAUGUUCAGGAGCUGCUGCCAGCAUCAAUCUGGCAUUAUGUUCCCACGGAAUCUAACCCGGAAGAUUUGGCAUCGCGUUGCGUUGAACCUCAGCAGCUUUUAUCGUGCAAGUUGUGGUGGACUGGUCUUGACUGA